GAAGGAGGCAGCAUCAAACCCCGCGGCUGCGUGCUGCGUGCUGCAGCUGCUUACGAUAUUCUUCUGUCCGACUCGACCAGACGCCAAUAGCAUCGCCUCCGUCUGACGGCCGACUCUCAGCUGAGGCUGCCGCUGCACAUCGUCACUCGUUGUUGGCCUUGAUUGCGACUGUCUGUCCUUUGAUCUCCGCUUGGUCCCGCCGCCCUCGACCCCUCCAGAGCGCCUCUCGAACGAACGACGAGUCCAGACGCAAAGUGCACAAACGGUGCCAAGCAGCGACGCCCGUUCAGUGACCGGUGAAGGUGUGCUGCAGGGAAGGUGCAAUCGUCAAUUUCAUAGCCGCGCGCCUGCACGGAUCAGCAUCGCCAACGACUCGCGUCGAGCCUCCGAUAACCUCUUCAUUCCCCACGUACCUGCCGAAGCAACGCACACCACAGCACAAUCACCAUGAGCGAUCUCAAUGGGCGGAAGACCUUCAAGGUCUUCAACCAAGAAUUCAUCGUCGACGAGCGAUACACGGUCACUAAAGAGCUUGGUCAGGGAGCAUACGGUAUUGUCUGCGCGGCUACCAACAACCAGACGGGAGAGGGCGUUGCAAUCAAGAAGAUCACCAAUGUCUUCAGUAAAAAGAUUCUCGCCAAGCGCGCUCUCCGUGAGGUGAAGUUGCUGCAACACUUCAGAGGCCACAGGAAUAUUACCUGCUUGUAUGAUAUGGACAUCCCCCGGCCCGAGACCUUCAACGAGUGCUACCUGUAUGAGGAGCUCAUGGAGUGCGACUUGGCUGCCAUCAUUCGCUCAGGACAGCCAUUGACGGAUGCGCACUUCCAGAGCUUCAUCUACCAGAUCCUGUGUGGUCUGAAAUACAUCCACAGCGCAAACGUGUUGCACCGAGACUUGAAACCAGGAAAUUUGCUUGUCAACGCCGAUUGCGAGCUCAAGAUUGCCGACUUUGGUCUUGCUAGAGGUUUCAGCAUUGACCCAGAAGAGAACGCAGGAUACAUGACCGAAUACGUUGCCACGAGAUGGUACCGAGCACCAGAAAUCAUGUUGAGCUUCCAGAGCUACACCAAAGCCAUUGACGUCUGGUCGGUUGGCUGCAUCCUCGCCGAGUUGCUGGGCAGCAAGCCCUUCUUCAAGGGUCGCGACUAUGUCGACCAACUCAACCAGAUUCUCCACUACCUGGGAACCCCAUCCGAGUCCACCUUGUCCCGCAUCGGAUCUCCACGUGCCCAAGAAUACGUUCGCAACUUGCCAUACAUGUCCAAGAUUCCAUUCCAGCAACUCUUCCCAAGAGCAAACCCCGACGCGUUAGACCUUCUGGACCGCAUGCUUGCAUUCGACCCCUCGCAGCGUAUCAGUGUCGAGGACGCUCUCGAGCACCGCUAUCUCUCCAUCUGGCACGAUGCAUCCGAUGAGCCGGCAUGCCCAACAACCUUCGAUUUCGGCUUCGAGAUCGUAGAUGAAGUGCAGGAGAUGCGUCAGAUGAUUCUCGACGAAGUGCGGAGAUUCCGCCACUCCGUCCGCCAGCCACAACAAUACGCCCAUGCCCAGCAACAAGGCCAGCAACAACAAGUCCCGAUCCCUGACAACUACGACCCACGCGCAUACGAGGAUCCACGACCCCAGGAACUGGGUCAGGCACCGGGUGGAGCACAGCACGAUCUGGAACGCGAGCUGCAGGGUCUGGAUGCAAUGCGGCAAUAGGAAUGCCGUCAAGCACUCCAGAACGGCAAUUUUGACGCGGAGCGGAGAGAGCGUGACGAGUGGGUGGAGCAAAUGUUGAAGCAGAGCAAGGGCAAGGAGCAUCAUGAGCUCCCCCUACCGACCGUAUACUGCCUAGAGGAUUGGUGAAGAAAAAAAUCUCGAGGCGAGGAGGGUCGUGCACAUGUCGUGAUGAUGCUAGCCCUUUUGAUCUGUUGGGAAAUGGAAAUGGAAAUGGAACGAAGUGACGGUCGACUGAAAUGGAAUACUUGCAUAGCGAGAUGACAGUUUACUAUAAUGGUCGGAUAAAAAGAGUUAUGGGUUGAACUUGUGUCAAUGCAUGCCAUCAGAGUGAAGUCUCGCCAAUUUUGGCUUUUCUGAUUUUCUUUCGUCCUCGUUGCAGCUCUUGUCUACCAAUGGCGCCCUCCCUCUGAUCCUCUGCCUGCUCUUGCUCCUUACGUCUUCCCUUGCUGCUCUCGCCCUGCUCAUAUGCAUACAGGAAGGCGCAAACAAGUAUUGUGUUGUUCGGACAAGACGUAAGGACAUGGCUCUUGAGAAAAACCUCGUGCGAGAUACAGUCAGAGGUCGUCCAAGGUCAAAGAUGAAAAGCGAAACUUG